AUGCAGAAUGGUGAUGGUAUUCAAUUGGGUGAAUUUGUGAUAAGGCUGCUCCUUUAUGUUGAUGACCUCAUUUUGCUUGCUAAUUCCGCCCGUGGUUUGCAAAAGCACUUAUUUGCCCUUGAGCGCUUUUGCAAUAUUGUGGGAAUGCAAGUUAAUAUCAGCAAGACGAAAAUCAUGGUUUUCUCAAGUAGAAGGAAACAAGAGCAACAUAAGUUUUACUUUGAAGGUAGCAUUCUUGAAGAAGUUGCAGAUUACAAAUACCUUGGAAUUCAUUUCAACAAGAGUCUUAGUUGGGAAGGUUGCAGGAAGAAGAGAACUCUAGGCGGCUGGAAGGCACUCUAUGCACUUCAAAAUAGAUGCAAAGAGGCUGAGCUUUGGGAUUGGAAAACCAUCCAAACACUUUUUAGGCUUUUGGUGUUGCCGGUUAUUCUAUAUGGUUGUGAAGUUUGGGCCAGCAGUACCUUAGAUUCUCAAUGGAAGCAAAUUGAGAGAAUUCAAAAACGUUUGAUCACAAGCAAGUUCAAAAUUAAAAGCACGGUCCCAUAUGAUAUCAUGUUAAGUGAAACGGGUGCUGCCCCUAUUGAGGCAGCUGCUAUGGUGCAUCUCAUUAGCUAUUUAAAAAGAAAUGAGCAAAUGGGAGAAGAUAGACGGCCUAAGGUUGUUGUCAACGACACUUUGUGCAAAAGGAAGAAGACAUGGAUGAAACAAAACAUCAAAUGGUUGGAAAAAUGGGAUAUUUAUUUGAACUCAUGCCCCACAAACAGAAGGGAGAUAAAGGUCUUUGUUAUGGAAAAGUUUUACAAGAAAAAUUGGAGUAUUGGGUUAGGAAGGAAGAAACAAUACUAUAUUAAUGAGUUCAACCCCAAUUAUGAUCAUCUUCAAAAAGUCUAUAUAGGGGCUAAUAUAUCAUGGAAGGCUAAAAUUCUAAUCGCACAGCUUAGAACCAACUCUCACCAACUUCGGUGUGAGACCGGGCGGUGGAAAAGGCCAAAAGAGAUUUGGGAAGAAAGAGUUUUCCCAUUUUGCAUCAGCGGGAGUGUGGAAACUGAAAAACAUUUUAUCUUGGAGUGUGAAGCACUUAAAGUCAGCCAAGAGAAGUUUGCCAAUUUCCUAACUGCCAGCACAUGGUAUAACCUAUUCAGCGAGGAGCAUAUCGUAAAGAUGGGUGCUCUCAUCAUCAGCCUGAAUAAGCAGAGAUUGGACCUUAAAAAAACUGAUUCAGCUUGA